AUGCCACCACACGAGCCAGGCCCCUCGCCGUCCGAGGCCGCACAUCCCGACGAAAGCAUCGCGGACAAUUUCACGCACCAUAUCGAGGCCUUUGCACAGGUUGCGCGCAACGGGCAAAGCAACCAAGUCAAGGCUGCAUUCCAGACAGCACACGAGCGUCUCUGGACGACUGCAUCGAUCAAGGCGAACCGCACGUACCGUCGCGACAACCCCCACGUCGCCACAGAUCUCGUCUUCAUAGGCUGGCAGAUGCUCGUGGACCACGGAGAAGAGCCCCUCUGCAGCCAAUUCUGGCAGGCUGUCGCGCUAUGGGGCACUCACCAGCACUUCCUCCAGACAUGGGAGACCUUUACAGCCGAGCGGUGCGCGCCAACAGCAGCGCAGGACGUCUCCAGCAUCAAGGUGCGCGAUGUCCCGGCAGCUUUCCGCUCGCUGCGUGCGAUCCUGUGUAUCCAACAUGCAUGGGGCCCAGACUGCUACUGCCGACUGUUGCGUGUCGCGCCUUUUCCCGUCUCGCCCAAGCAAUCUUUCCUCGAGAAAGCAGCCAAGCUCGCGCGCAUCAAGAUGAAUCUCGCUGAUGUCGAGCGCGACUUUCCCAAAUUCCUCAAGCACCGCAUCGCCAAUCAUCAGAACAACAUCUCUCUAGAGAAGAGCCUCCAAGCGGGCACUUACACAGUAUCGCUGGGAGACCUGGAAGAAUACAUCGCCGAAACCACGUCCAAGACCAAGUUGCUUGAGCACCCUUAUCGCGAGCCUUCCCGCCGCGAUCGCACCCGCAAGGGACCCCGCACUCGGCAGCCAUCCUCUGCCCGUACCAGUAUUGCAUCCCCAGAGCUGCCCCGCCACGGCCCUCUGCCUUCCCUGUCCGAAUUGGACGCUAGCGACGCCGGCGAAAGCGAAGGAGAGGAUUUCCCACCUUCUCCAUGCUCCGAGACCAGCAAGCGAGCCUCCCCCGACCUUGACAUACCCACAGACGAAUGUCUGAUGGAGGAAAGUUCCGCCGCCGACGACAACAUCCUUUUGACUGCCGAGGCGGCCGAGUUACCGCAUCCGUCCAAAAUCGAACCCCAGCAAGUGUCCGUUGCGGGGCUGGAUAGCGUCGUCUCGCCGUCACAAGCGUCCGGCGCGCAGACUGCCGUCAUGAACCCGGCGCACGUACCAUCGGGCAAGCCGCCGCAAGUGCCUGUUUCGACGGCCACGGAAACUGAGAUCAACCGACCGCCACCACUGCCAGAGACAAAAUCUCUCCCUUCGCCUCCGCUGUCAGAGAUUAGCCCUUCAGUGGGCGGACCGGGUGUCGACACGAACAAGCGGGACAACAAGGCAACAGAAACCAGCGACACCGAUGGUAACGCGCAACGCAAGCGACCUCGCAUACAUGGCGCCAUCUCCCGGGGCUCCAGCGACCUCGAACCCAAAGCUCAGCUAACCUCUCGCACCCUCGAUUUUCUGCUGACCCAGCUCACAUCUGGCCUACAUCCAGACGAUUAUGCAUUCUACGACCCAGGGGACCUGGAGGUGUCCGAGCUCCCCGCAAAGGUAUCUCCUGGCAAGUUCAGCAAGACCAGGAACGUCCUCGUCCCGCUAUGUCUCUGUCGACACUGGAUUCUUCUUCAGUUCAACAUGCAGUACAUGAAGGUGUACAAGUACGACUCAUUGCCUGGCCACAUUGCACCUUUUGUGGUUGGAGAAAAAGUCGCGCUCAUUCGUACUGCCAUCUGGGAUGCUGCGGGCCGCGCAGACGAUGACCUCCCGCAUUGGACCCCAAUCGUCCAUGUGGCUGUCCCUGAGCAGGGGAACGACUUUGAUUGCGGCAUUUCAGUAGUUAUCACGACUUUGCGCAUCACCAAUGGAUACAACGGCAACCCCACGGGAAACAUGGCCCUUUGGCGGAUGCUGCUCCAGGCUUUGGAGAGCGACGGCGGCCGAGUCCAAGCUCUCAUCCACUUUGCCAAGUUCCUCUCAGAAUCCCAAAGCAUUGUCCCACUGCGGCGAGAAUUCCACACCAUCCGAGACUUGACGCAAUCCGCCUAUGCUGCCGCCGAGACGCGUCAACAGGAACAGAGUGAUUGUGCACUGCGACUGGCUAGAGUCAUCGAAGCGGAGCAAUCUUCGCGCCGACGCCAAAGCAAUUACCUGCGCAAGCAUAUCAAGAACGUGCAAGCCCUCGAGGAGGAGGACGCCGCGCUCGAGACGUACUGGCGCCAGCAGCUCAAGCCCGUGCAGCAGAGGCUAGCUACCCUCAAGGACAACGUGACGAAUCUGCAGCGAUUGCAGGGACUGGUUGCGGAGUUUGCCGAGAUGGUAGACGAGAAACAGCGCAAACGCGUCAAAGAGUUGGAGAGUGACCUUGUGGCUCGGCGUGCCAAGAUGUCCCAGGAGCAAGAUGUGUGCCGAGGCAUGGAAGCGGAGUUGGCUGGGCUGAAGGGAGAUGGUGGAUCAUUCGAGGGCGCCAGUCCUUCUCUCGUUCCUUCGUGA